GCCGGAGCCGCGGGCAUGGAGCCGCUCAGCCACCGGGGCCUGCCGCGCCUCUCCUGGAUCGACACCCUCUACAGCAACUUCAGCUACGGGGCGGACGACUACGACGCCGAGGGGCAUGAGGAGCAGAAGGGACCCCCGGAGGGCUCGGAGACCAUGCCAUACAUCGACGAGUCGCCCACCAUGUCGCCCCAGCUCAGCGCCCGCAGCCAGGGCGGCGGCGAGAGCAUCUCCCCCACCCCACCCGAGGGGCUGGCACCUGGGGUGGAGGCGGGGAAAGGCCUGGAGAUGCGGAAGCUGGUGCUCUCGGGGUUCCUGGCCAGCGAGGAGAUCUACAUUAACCAGCUGGAAGCCCUGCUGCUGCCCAUGAAGCCCCUGAAAGCCACGGCCACCACCUCGCAGCCCGUGCUCACCAUCCAGCAGAUCGAGACCAUCUUCUACAAGAUCCAGGACAUCUACGAGAUCCACAAGGAGUUCUACGACAACCUCUGCCCCAAGGUGCAGCAGUGGGACAGCCAGGUCACCAUGGGCCACCUCUUCCAGAAGCUGGCCAGCCAGCUGGGUGUGUACAAAGCGUUUGUGGAUAACUAUAAAGUCGCUCUGGAGACAGCUGAGAAGUGCAGCCAGUCCAACAACCAGUUCCAGAAGAUCUCAGAGGAACUCAAAGUGAAAGGUCCCAAGGACUCCAAGGACAGCCACACGUCAGUCACCAUGGAAGCUCUGCUCUACAAGCCCAUCGACCGAGUCACUCGGAGCACCCUGGUCCUGCACGACCUGCUGAAGCACACGCCUGUGGACCACCCAGACUACCCGCUGUUGCAGGAUGCCCUCCGCAUCUCCCAAAACUUCCUGUCUAGCAUCAACGAGGACAUCGACCCCCGCCGGACUGCAGUUACGACCCCCAAGGGGGAGACCCGGCAGCUGGUGAAGGACGGCUUCCUGGUGGAGGUGUCAGAGAGCUCGCGGAAGCUGCGGCACGUCUUCCUCUUCACUGACGUCCUACUGUGUGCUAAGCUGAAGAAGACCUCCGCGGGGAAGCACCAGCAGUAUGACUGCAAGUGGUACAUCCCCCUGGCCGACUUGGUGUUUCCGUCCCCCGAGGAGUCUGAGGCCAGCCCCCAGGUGCAUCCCUUCCCCGACCACGAGCUGGAGGACAUGAAGAUGAAGAUCUCUGCCCUCAAGAGUGAGAUCCAGAAGGAGAAAGCCAACAAGGGACAGAGCCGGGCCAUCGAGCGCCUCAAAAAGAAGAUGUUUGAGAAUGAGUUCCUGCUGCUGCUCAACUCCCCCACGAUCCCGUUUCGGAUCCACAAUCGGAAUGGAAAGAGCUACCUGUUCCUGCUAUCCUCCGACUAUGAGAGGUCAGAGUGGCGAGAAGCAAUUCAGAAACUGCAGAAGAAAGAUCUCCAGGCCUUUGUCCUGAGCUCAGUGGAGCUCCAGGUGCUCACAGGAUCCUGUUUCAAGCUUAGGACUGUACACAACAUUCCUGUCACCAGCAAUAAAGAUGAUGACGAGUCUCCAGGACUCUAUGGCUUCCUCCACGUCAUCGUCCACUCGGCCAAGGGGUUUAAACAAUCAGCCAACCUGUACUGUACACUGGAGGUGGAUUCCUUUGGCUAUUUUGUCAGCAAAGCCAAAACCAGGGUGUUCCGGGACACAACAGAGCCCAAGUGGGAUGAGGAGUUCGAGAUCGAGCUGGAGGGCUCCCAGUCCCUGCGGAUCCUGUGCUAUGAAAAGUGCUACGACAAGACCAAGGUCAACAAGGACAACAACGAGAUCGUGGACAAGAUCAUGGGCAAGGGACAGAUCCAGUUGGAUCCACAAACUGUUGAAACCAAGAACUGGCACACGGACGUGAUCGAGAUGAACGGGAUCAAAGUGGAGUUCUCCAUGAAGUUCACCAGCCGGGACAUGAGCCUGAAGAGGACCCCGUCCAAAAAGCAGACCGGCGUCUUCGGGGUGAAGAUCAGCGUGGUGACUAAGCGGGAGCGCUCCAAGGUGCCCUACAUCGUGCGGCAGUGCGUGGAGGAAGUGGAGAAGCGGGGCAUCGAGGAGGUCGGCAUCUACCGGAUAUCGGGGGUGGCCACGGACAUCCAGGCGCUGAAGGCCGUCUUCGAUGCCAAUAACAAGGACAUCCUGCUGAUGCUGAGUGACAUGGACAUCAAUGCCAUCGCCGGCACCCUCAAGCUCUAUUUCCGGGAGCUGCCCGAACCCCUCCUCACAGACCGGCUUUACCCGGCCUUCAUGGAGGGCAUUGCCCUGUCAGACCCUGCUGCCAAGGAGAACUGCAUGAUGCACCUGCUCCGCUCCCUGCCCGACCCCAACCUCAUCACCUUCCUCUUCCUGCUGGAACACUUGAAAAGGGUUGCCGAGAAGGAGCCCAUCAACAAAAUGUCGCUCCACAACCUGGCUACCGUGUUUGGCCCCACGUUACUGAGACCCUCAGAAGUGGAGAGCAAAGCGCAUCUCACGUCAGCUGCAGACAUCUGGUCCCACGACGUCAUGGCACAGGUCCAAGUCCUCCUCUACUACCUGCAGCACCCCCCCAUCUCCUUCGCCGAGUUGAAGCGGAACACACUGUACUUCUCCACCGACGUGUAGCCCGGGGCGGGGCCGGCUGCAGGGGCGGCGGGGCCAGCCUCACCAGCCGGGGGCCCUACACAGACUUGAAAGACUGCAGUGGGACACUCCCACGCCCGGACUCUAGGGCACACCGGCUCCCAGGAACUGGACCCUGAGCGUCUUUUGUGGCACCUUGUACAGAGCCAGCUGGCCAGCCCCCAGCCGCAGCGCCGCGCCCCGGGCUCCCGCCCUCGUCCCUCUAGUCGUGUCUAAAGCUCCGUGCUGUUGGGGACUGUUCUAUGUGUAUCUGUCAUGCAGAAGAGGUACUGACCACGCCGGUGUGGGCGCGCACAUAGCCUGCUUCGUUCUUCCAUUUCCUGCAGCACUCUCCUCCCGCGUCCGGUGCGAGGGCUUGGACUCUGCUGCCAGCCUCGCUCCCAGCCCCGCCCCCAGACGGCAGUCCCCGCGCAGCCUCGCCUGCACCGCUGGCCCGCACGCAUGGGCAGCCUCCGUCCUCGCUCUGUCGCCUUGACGCAACUGAAGAGGCCCUGGGUGGCGGCGGCAGUGGCGGUCGCCUGAGGCUGCCGCGGGCCGCCCCGGCCUCUCCCUGCCCCCGUGGAAGCACACCUGCUUUGCCUUGCUGCCUGUGCAAAUGUUGGACAAGGAGACACACACUAACCGUCAGCUUAGCGCAGAGCUGGACAGCAGACUUCUGGACUUUUCCACCCGCGACUCUCCAUUUGCAGGGUUUGUCUUUUCUGCCUCUGGCCUACCCGUGAGGCUGUCUUUGACUGUUUCUUCUGCUUUUCGGUUCCUUUUCCCCCAGUGUUCUGUUUCCAUUGAGUGUAGAUUCACAGUGACUUCCUAUCUAGAGGGUCAGGCAGAAUCUGGGGAGGUGGGAGAGCAGCUGCUGAGGAAGCCAGGCAGGGCGGGCAGUCAGAGGGAGGCCGCGCAGCACGGGUGGGGGACACGGCUCGGAGAAGCCAGGCUUCCUGGGGGCCAGCGAGGCGGCUGAAGCAGGUGUCCGGACACGGGCAGGCUCCCCUGGGGAGGCUGGCUGGCACCUCGCGUACCUCACAGUACUUUUGCCUUAGAUUUCACGUUCUCCUCUGCCAAGCACUGCCACGGGGCAGCCCCCACGGCCACGUGUGCUCUGAGACCCGGGCAGGACAGGCACAGGCCAGCAGGAGCCACAGCACCGCCUGUCUCGGGACCGGGUGCUGUUGGGGCCCUCACUGCAGACAGCUUGCUCCACAGUGGGGGCUCAGCAGGUCCCAUCCCCAACUCUGAACCCAUUGCUCAGUACUGGGAAGGGCGGCCUCCUGUGGCAGAGGGGUUCCAGGCCCUCCGCUCUUGUUGCUCGUGCUCAGGGCGAAGUCUUCGAGGGGCUCGCUGGCCUCAAGCUGUAGUGCUUUCUGAUCCGUUCACACCCGUGGCCUUCGGCACAGCGGUACCCACUGCGCGCACGUCGGAGGAAGAGAUGCCUGAGAGGAAGGAAGUAGUGGCCACCCAGCCGCGGUCAACAGCUCAGUGAGUUCUCCCUGGGACAGGCGGCCGAGGAGGAAGAAUGCCACUGGCGCCCGAGACCCCACGCCUGCCUGUGCCCGCCAUCUCCGCUUGACACGCGGUCGGCCGCUGAGGUGUGGUGGGGAAGGCUCUGGCUCGCCUCUGACAGCGACGAGUCAGAGGUCCACGUGGCGCUAGUGACAGCCCAGAUGAGUGGCUCCCACUGCCCCAGAGCCGGGGCGUUCGCCUCCCAGCGUCGGGUAACUGAGCAGCGUGCAAGCUGGCCGAGCGUACACGAGAGCAGGAGCAGGCAGGUUUAUGAAGCUGGCCCCCAGAGGUGGAGGCUUACAUGCCACACCUGGACUAAGCUGCACCCAGGAAACCUGGGGUGGGUUCUCCUCAGACGGCCUGUGCAGGCCACGGUGUCACUGGGCCUGCAGGCUCUGGGUACGCCUGUCCUUGCUGGGCACCAGCUGAGGCUGCCAGUUUUUGCCGAUGGAGGUAGGAUGGGACCCUUCAUUA